UUGUCACAAGAGGAACAUAUUAGAAACUGGUUGGAAGAAGAGUCAGAUGAAUAUGUAAUUGGUGGGGAAGAUGAUGAAGAAGGUGGUGAUGAAAUAGGGCCUCAAAUAAGUGAGCACGAAAUUGAUACAGAAGAAGAAUGCAAUUCAGAACCAGAAGCUAUCACGGAAAAUCAGAGCAUUGGUUCAAGUAGCGAAAAUGACGUUCCCUUGUCUCACUUGCAAACUUCACAGUAUUACGUGAUGCACAGAAAAUUAAGAAAUGGUAGUUAUGUAGUAGUGAUAUUGUGUAAGUUGUAA